UUUAAUGUAUUUCAAUCAAAAUAACUAAUUUAAAUAAAAUACCACCGAGUCAAUAAUUUGAUUUUUAACCGGUAUAUAUCCAAUAUGACACUUAAAUAAUAUAUUUUCGUUCCUACAAAAUGAUUUACAAAUUGCAAUUUAUUACUGUACAAGUAAAUAAGAACAGAGAAGUAUUUUCGUAUAUAUAAAAAAAAAACAAAAAAAAACAGAGAAGUAAUGAAAUACCGUUCCGUAUGAUAACCGUAAGUGGUAUUAUUCCACGAAAGUUCGCAUCAUCCAGCAAUUUUCCCUCCUCUUCUCCUCCCUUCCCCUUCUUCAAGAAACACCCAAUACUCUUCAUUCCUCCAUUUUCCUUUCCUUGGAUUGCUAGUUUGCUACAACACCACCAAAACAACUCCAAACAAUUGAACUACAUUACAUCACAUAUCAUUCCAAUUACCAUUUUUAAUCAAAUUCUGUGAUGCUUCGUAUCUUCCUCCACAACAUCCGCCAUCGUCGAUACCCCUCUUACCUUCGCCAACGCCGAUUUUCCUCCUCCACCCCGCCCUCCUCGUGUCAAUCAUCAACGCCGUCAUCGAAUUCUCACCCUCACAACCCAAACCAUUCGCCGAUUAAAUAUGUCAAUUCCGCCUCCACUCUCUCUCCUCUCUCCGCACCCACCACCGCCUCCUCCGUCUCUCGCACCACCCUCUCCCUCUCUCUCCUCUCCAUCCUUGCCGUAACUGGAACAACAUUUCUAUUUUACUCCGAAGGCGGAGGCGAUGACAUUCGCAAAAUCACCUCCGCAAUCGAGGCAGCAGUCCACCGAUCCACCGAUUCGACUCACCGGAUCAUCAAUCAAAUGAAGCAUACUGGUGCUGCUGCUGCGGUCCUAUGGCAGUCGCUUCAGUCGGUUCUUUCAUCUGCCAAUUACGAGGUUCGGUCUGGUUUUGAGUUUAGGGUUGCGGCGUUCUUGGCUGACAUUGCUGCUGCUAAUGCUGCGAGAAGGUCCGCCAUUGUUGCUGCUGGUGGUGGGAGGGUUGUUGAUUGGCUACUCGAGACGGUUGCCGGUGAUGUUAGUGGGACUCAGGCUGAGGCUGCUAGAGCUUUGGCUUACUUGAUUGCUGAUCCUCUUGUUAGGCCUCAGGUUUUUGGGAGGCCUCAUUCUGUUCCUUAUCUUUUGAGGUUCAUUUCUUCUUCUCAGCCUCAGCGCUCCAAGAAGAAUUCAAGAGUUUCUGAUUCUGUGAAAGGGAGGAGCAUGCUUGUUGCAGCAAUAAUGGAUGUUGUGACUUCCACUUGUGACAGCAAGGGCAAUGUCCGAUUCCAGCAAUGCCUUCCUGCAAAUGCUGAGAUGAGGGACAUUGCAUCAGCAAUUCAAGUAAUUGAAGGUGGUUUUCUGGAUGAUCCAAAUACUGAAGAAGAUGAUGAUGGUGGGAAUGGAUUGAAGGGUAUUGGUAUCAAGGUUCUUGGAGGGACAACUGUAUUAGGACUUUCAAGAUCUAAUGGGCAUAUGAGUUAUGAUGAUAGUGAUAGUGUAACAACCAGUAAAUACGCUUCAAAAAAUCAUGUUUACCAGAAAAGGCAUGAUAGCUACCUUGGAGAUGCAAGCUUGUCAUCUUCUGUAGUGCCUGGUCUCUGGGAUGAUUUACAUACUCAGCAUGUUGCUGUGCCAUUUGCUGCAUGGGCACUGGCCAAUUGGGCUAUGGCAUCAGAGGUUAACAGAUUUCAUAUUCAAGAAUUAGAUCAAGAUGGAAAUGCUAUCAUGACUGCCUUAGCAGCUCCUGAAAGAUCAGUGAAGUGGCAUGGGAGUUUGGUUGCUCAAUUGCUUUUAGAGGACAACAAUGUUCUGUUGAGUAAUUCUGUUUCAGACUGGAGUUCUUGUCUGCUUUCAACUAUAUCACAAGCUUGUAAAACUGAUGACAUACCUCUGGCACUGGUAGCUUUGUCUGCAUUUUUGCUUUCUGUUGAUAAGAGUUCGGGAGCCAAAAAAGUUGUUAUGGAGAAAGGUCUUGAUUUGAUGAGAGACACUGCUAAACAAACAAUGCACCAUAAGGAUAUUCAAGAAGCUCUGGCAAGAGCAUUAGAACUAAUAUGUACCAGUGAAAAUCGUUUAUCUGUUGAAGAAAGCCUAAAGUGGUCAGGUAUCCUUCUUCCCUGGGCUUGUGGAAAAUUUUCUUCUGAAAAGACUCGAUAUUCGGCAACUAAAAUCCUUUCAUGCAUUCUUGAGGAUUUUGGACCAUCUUCUAUCCCGAUUUCUCAAGGAUGGUUAACUAUUCUAAUAAAUGAAGUUUUGGACUCUACUAAGGCAUCAUCAGUUAAAGGAUCCUCCCAGCCAAAAAGCGACAAAGUGAAGACUCAAAUUGAUCAGUCAAAUAUUCAAUCUGGUAUACUAAUUGCCAGUCAGCUUGCAAAUUCUGUUGUUAAUCUAGCUGGAAAACAAUUGGGUAUUGCCACAGAUCGCGGUGACUCAUUCCCUAUAGCUGAUCUCCUGUCUCAAGAACCUUUCGCUGGAGCAUUUAAAAGCUUAAAUAAAGAUCGGAAUCCUAAAUGUGAUGCUGCUGACUCAGCAGUGGCAACCCUGAAGGGAAUCAAAGUGCUAACUGAAAUUUGUGCAGAUGAUCUUGUUAAUCAAAACAAAAUUGUAGAUUCUGGGGUCUUAUGUUUGUUGAGGCGCUUUUUGCUAAGAGAUGAUUAUGAAAGCCUUGCUGCUAUUGAAGCAUAUGAUGCAUCAAGAGCUGGGGAGGGACCAGACCAGGCUAGUAAGGUCCAAGAUGAGUCAAAGGUAGAUACUAAUGGUCAAUCAAAUGUCCGAAUCCCACCAUCUACUCACAUCCGGAGGCAUGCAGGUAGACUACUAACUGUUCUUUCAGCAUUGCCAAAAGUUCAAAAAGUUAUUAUAGCAGAUGCAACUUGGUGUAAUUGGCUUGAAGAGUGUGCUAAUGGAAAGAUUCCUGGAUGUGAUGAUCCUAAGAUUCAAAGUUAUGCCAGAGCUACUUUGUUAAAUGUGCUUUGCCAUGAAAAACGGGACUCGGACACUGGAAGGAGUGGUGGUACUGGUACUGGAUUUGUGAAUGAUAGAGCUGUAACUCGUGUUCAGCCCCGCUACGAGGAUAUGAUAUAUCUAAUCAAUCCUGAAUCACAGCACUGGAAAUGUCAUGAUAGACCUGUAUCCCAGAAUUCAAAUGAACACUCUGGUGGUGAUAAUGACAUCAAUUUAUCUAGAUCCACAGAGGGGUAUGAGAAUUGUUCAGAUUUAGAAAACCCUGCAGUAGACAUUGUUUUUGUUCAUGGUCUACGUGGCGGGCCUUUUAAAAGUUGGCGCAUAUCUGAAGACAAGUCAUCAACCAAGUCAGGCCUUGUAGAGAAGAUUGAUCAGGAAGCAGGGAAACAAGGAACCUUUUGGCCAGGUGAAUGGCUCUCAGCUGAUUUUCCUCAUGCUCGUUUGUUUACACUUAGAUACAAGACAAAUCUUACUCAGUGGUCUGGAGCUAGCCUUCCUCUUCAGGAAGUCAGCUCAAUGCUUUUAGAGAAGCUUGUCGCUGCAGACAUCGGCAGUCGACCUAUUGUGUUUGUCACACACAGUAUGGGCGGGCUGGUAGUGAAGCAGCUGCUAUACCAAGCAAAGACAGAAAAUUUGGACAAUCUUGUCAAUAACACCGUAGGAGUUGUGUUCUAUAGUUGUCCACAUUUUGGCAGCAAACUGGCAGAUAUGCCCUGGAGGAUGGGCCUUGUGCUUCGCCCUGCACCUACGAUAGGGGAGCUAAGAAGCGGAUCUCCUAAGUUGGUUGAGCUUAAUGAUUUUAUGCGGCAACUUCAUAAAAAAGGGUUACUUGAAGUACUUAGCUUUUGUGAGACCAAGGUGACUCCAAUUGUUGAGGGCUAUGGAGGAUGGGCUUUCCGCAUGGAAAUAGUUCCAAUUGAAUCAGCAUAUCCUGGUUUUGGUGAUAUUGUGGUGUUAGAGUCAACUGAUCAUAUUAAUUCCUGCAAACCACUCAGUCGUGAUGAUCCUUCAUACACAGAGAUAUUAGAGUUCUUGCGUAAAGUAAAAGCUCAGCAUACGUGAAUUAAGAAAAGGAUAAGUGUUUCAGAGUUUCAAGCCAUUUUGAAUUAUUCAUUUUGUACAUAGUUAUAGAUAGCUCCAUGAAUCUAAAGCUCAGUAGAAAACUAGAGAUGACUGAUAACUCACGGGAUGUUCUUUGAACCAAGGAUGCAUUUUAUUGCAAUUUGCAUGAGCUUCUAUCAAAGUUGGCAUUUUAGUGAAGGAACUGGUGCAUUUAUUGCUAGUAGGCAUUGGGUGGCUUACUCUACGAAAAGUAUUUUCUGAUUGUUGCAGGGCUUUAUGCUCACCUUUAGGUUGGAACGCUCAUUCUGUUUCCUGUUAUACGAGUCAGGUUUCAGCUGUGGACAGUUGCCCUUUAUUAGUUGUAUGUUGUAGAAUCAACAAUUAGCAUAGGAGUUGUAAAUGAAUAUUUAUAUACUACAUAGUAUGGUACAUUUAUAAGUCAUACUUGUGAAUUAUGAUUUCAUCAUCAUAUCAUAUCAAUUAUUUGCAUAGAGAUGCAAAUUUGUGUGAGCUUAUUAAUGUUUGAAAUUCACUAUUUAUUUCUA